UGGAGCACACACACCUUGGCACUGAGCAUGCGCACUGUAGUCGUGUCUUGAAGACUACGCGGAUUGAGGAAGUUCACUAACUCAUGCGAUUAUCAUGCUCUGGAUUUAAGUAUUAGUUAUUAACACUAACUUUUCCGGGAAGUAUUAUAGACACCAGUGGCCUUCAGGAUGAGCUCAUCUGUAGACCUGGAGCAGAUGGCUGAGAUAGAAUUGAAGAAGGACGAUGAAGAGUACGAGGAAGAGCACAGCGGCCUGGCCCAGCGUCCGGCGUCGUUGCCGUCACCGAGCGGGGGCGGGCUUGACUCCUCCCACCCGUAUUACGACGUCGCACGCCACGGGAUCCUCAAGGUCAUAGGGGACGACAAUUACGGACGCAAGCUCAUCGUCUUCAGCAGCUGUUGCAUGCCGCCGUCCCACCAGCUCAACCACCAGCGCCUGCUAGAGUACCUGAAGUACACUCUGGACCAGUACGUGGAGAUGGACUACACGGUGGUGUACUUCCACUACGGCCUCCGCAGCAGCAACAAGCCGUCCAUCCGCUGGCUGCGAAGCGCCUACGCAGAGUUCGGCAGAAAAUACAAGAAGAACCUGAAGGCCCUGUAUGUGGUCCACCCCACAAACUUCAUCAGGAUCGUCUGGAACAUUUUCCAUCCCUUCAUAAGUCACAAGUUUGGCAGGAAGUUGACGUACGUGAACUACCUGGCGGAGCUCCGGGAGCACGUCCCCUACCAGCAGCUCGUCAUCCCCCCCGACGUCCUCAGACACGACGAGCGGUUGCGAGCGGCUCAGAAGAGUGGCCCCGCCCCCCCGGUGAAGACCCCCCCGCCCAGGCCGCCGCUGCCAACCCAGCAGUUUGGGGUCAGCCUAAAAUACAUCCGGGAGAAGAACAAGCAGGCACUGAUCCCCCUGGUGAUGACCCAGAGCAUCUCCUACCUCAAGGAGCACGGGCUCAGAACGGAAGGCCUGUUCAGGAGGAGUGUGAGGGUUCAAAUCAUCAAGGACAUCCAGAAGCUCUACAACCUCGGGAAGCCGGUGAGCUUCCAGCAGCAUGGAGACGUCCACGUCCCCGCCGUCAUCCUGAAGACCUUCCUGAGGGAGCUGCCCGAGCCCCUGCUCACCUUCGCCCCCUACCAGCAGGUCCUGGACAUCACCGGCGUGGAGAGCAGUCUGCGGGUGUCCAGGUGUAAACAGAUCGUUGAGAGCCUUCCGGAACACAACCGCGAGGUUCUGAAGUACCUGGUGACCUUCCUCCACAUGGUGUCCGUGGAGAGCAUCGUGAACAAGAUGAGCCCCUCCAACCUGGCGUGUGUGUUGGGCGUGAACCUGCUGUGGCCCCCCAAGGGGAGCGUGUCCCUCUCCGCCCUGGCCCCCAUCAACGUCUUCACCGAGAUUCUCAUCGAGCACUGCGACGCCGUGUUCCGGGAGCCCGUGGUCGGCACGGCAACGGCAUGAAAACACGGGAGACGACGUCUUGUUUUUUAUGACGAACUAGAUAACGUAUUUUAUGACGAACCACUGAACGGUUCCGACCUGGGUAAGACGAGGAGCACGUCCGAGAUGUCCCGGUUUUCCUGUUUUAAGGGACAUUUCGGUUGACUUUGAUGAGGAAAGUGUUAAAGGAGACAUAUUAUACCACCAGGUGUGAGCGGGAUUAGCCAUACAAGCCGUUUCGAAAACCUGCCCCAUAUGACAUCACUAGUGGGCGUGUCCACCUAGAUCUGUGCCUGAUAGAUGAACGUUUACUUCAGUCCACUGGGUAGGCUGGUAGACUGAUCUAUCGCAGCACAGAUCUAGGUGGACACGCCCACUAGAGAUGUCAUAUGGGGCAGGUUUUCGAAACGGCUUGUAAGGCUAAUCACACUCACACCUGUAAUCUAAAACGACGUGUUGUAACAUAUUUGCCAUUAUUCCGUACUUUUUCAGUGUUUCAAUGACAUGUUGAAAAUGUGUUAUAUGAUUUUGCUUUGUUUCUCUUUAUUUUACAAAUGUAUUAAAAAGUGAGGGUUUGUUACUACACAUAUAAGCACCUUUAUUAUCAGCAAGGUCCCUGGUGAUGAGGGUCGCCAUGACUACACUGGUAUCCCGUUGACGUUUCCGAACUUGUGUCACACGGUAACGUUACAACCAGAAGCGAGUGGCAACACCAGACAGUUUUUGUUCUUAACAUUUGUUUAUUAAUGAUUCCAUUUUUCAUAAGAACUCGGUACAAAAAAGUGAGACUACUCUUUACCAUUUACCAACUUCCAUCAACGUUAUUUUUUUAAUGCAUCAUUAAAGGAAAGAAAAUAAAAAAUAAAAACUACAUUGGCAUAUUUAAGACAAACACUUUUUUCCUAGACAUCCUAUCAACUGGACGGUCUCCGUGACAACGAAAAUAAAGACGACUACUUCUUCAACAAA